GCACGACGGGAGAGGCUCUUCCUCCGCCAGCGCGUGCGCAGUGGGGCCCGGCCUUUCCCUCCUCGCCAGGCGCCGAGCAAGAUGGGGCACCAGCAGCUCUACUGGAGCCACCCGAGGAAGUUCGGCCAGGGAUCCCGAUCCUGGUGGGUGGGGGCCGGGGGGGGGAGCGAGGGAAGGCGGGGAGGGGGGGCAGGAGGAUUGGGGGGGCGGAUGGGGGAGGGAAGGAAGGAGCAACGCCGCCAUGAGGCGCCUCAGGGAGGGAAAGAGGGAGGAAAGGGCAGCCAAGCCCAUGGGGGGGGCUGAGGGGGCGCCUCCUCCGCGGGGAAGAGGGGGGGGACAGGGAGUGGGGGUCCCUCCUGCCCCCCGGCUGACCCACAGGCCUCUUCCUCCCCCCCCAGCCGCGUGUGAGGGAGGGAGCCCCGCCGCCAUGAGGCGCCUCAGGGAGGGAUAGCGGGGGGAGAGAGAAAGGGCAGCCAAGCCCGGGGGGGUCUGAGGGGGAGGGGGGAGUAUGGGGGGUCCCCGUCCCCCCUGACCCACAGGCCUCUCUCCCCCCGUGGGAGGGGGUGCCUCCUCCGAGGGGGAGUGGGGGGUUCCUCGGCUGACCCCCAGGCCUCUCUCUUUCUCUCCCCCUUGGGAGGGGGACGCUUCCUCUGAGGGGAGGGGGGAGUAUAGGGAGGGGGUCCCCUGACCCACGGGCCUCUCUCUUUCUCUCCCCAUUCCCCACCGUGGGAGCGGGGUUGAGGGGGCGCUUCCUCCGAGGGGGGGAAGGAAAGAGGGGUCCCCGUCCCUCCUGCUAACCCCCAGGCCUCUCUCUCCCCCCCCCAGCCGCGUCUGCUCCAACCGCCACGGCCUGAUCCGCAAGUACGGGCUCAACAUGUGCCGCCAGUGCUUCCGCCAGUACGCCAAGGACAUCGGCUUCAUCAAGGUGAGAUGGGGGGGCAGGGGGGAUGGAGGGGCUCUGGGACGGGGGGGCGCUUCUCUAGGGAGAGAGGCCAGCGAGGGCCGUCAGCCCUGCUCCUUGCGCUUCCCUGAGCCUAAAAGGCAGGCAGAAGGGGCGAGGAGCCGGUGCUCCUUCCCAAGAGCAGAGAUGCCCCAGAGUAGAAAAAGGGGCCUCUUGGGUCCUGGCGGUCACAGGCCCAGAGGAAGAAGCCACAGUUUGGGGGAACUCCAAGAGAAAGUCACACUAAAGGUCUUUGCUCUUCUCUCUACCACUUUUCAGCUGGAUUAAACAUCUGUCCACCCGCAGAGAUGGCCUGAAGAGGACGGCAGACAUGGAAGCUGCUUCAGCCAGUUGAGACCUUCUUGCCAGGCAUAAGAUGCUUUUGUGUACAGAAAAAUAAAAUAUAGGGACUUGAUUCUCAAACUCUGAUGUGAUGCUCGUGAUUUGACAGAGUUCUAUAGUCAGAGCAAAUAGCGCUUGGGAAGAAGGAGAUGGCAGGGGUUGGAUCCAGCACCCAAAAGGGGCCAUGUCAU